UCUCUCUCUCUCUCUCUCUCUCUCUCUCUCUCUCUCUCUCUCUCUCUCUCUCUCUCUCUCUCUCUCUCUCUCUCUCUCUCUCUCUCUCUCUCUCUUUUGCCUCUAUCUGUCUCUCUGUGAGAUGAACCCGGGCGAAGGAGAGGGCUGGGACAGGGAGGAAUAGCUGGAGGGAGGGAUGGCUGAAUAACGAGGAGAGAAACACCCACUUCGGACUGACCGAAUUGUAUCCGGAGCGAAGGAGUGAGAGAAAAAGAAAGAAGAAAGAAAGAAACGCUUUGGGAGGCAGCAGCGGCGGCGGCAGUGGAAACAGCAGUCUUUGGUAUUCAGAGGAUUUCCUCUGGGGAUAAGAAAAAAAGAAGGACGCUUUGAAUUGAUGACUGGAGAGGUUUAGGCUGCUGGUUGUGAGGAUGCUGUCGAAGGGUCAGAUCAGGUGUUUGUGGGCUCCGCUGGCGCUACUGGCUCUGGUUUCGUAUUACCCCACUAAAGCACAGGGUCAAGUUCCAGCUCCAAGGAGGCUCCGAUUCAAAGUGCUGAGCUCAAGCAAACUCCUUGUUUCGUGGAAGGAGCCCAAAGGAGACUUUGACAGCUAUCUGUUUCUCUACAACAGUAUACCAGGUGGUCAGCAGAGGGAGAUCAUAAUGUCCAAGUCUGACACCAAGGUGUUGAUAACAGACUACAGUCCUUCUAAAGAAUAUAUUUUCAGUGUCAUCGCUGUCAGCGGCAGGGAGCAGAGCCGACCACUACAGGGCAGAUAUAAAGGUGACAGAGGUGAGAUUGACGGCGGAGACAAGACGGAGCCCCGGAGGCUGACUGAUUCAGUCGUACCUCCUGAGGAUGCCAACGAGAUCUCUGGAGUUGAUCAGUUUGUGUGUCACACUGAGGCCAUUGCAGACAUUGUGAUCCUGGUAGACGGCUCCUGGAGUAUUGGCCGGAUCAACUUCAGGCUGGUCCGUAUGUUCUUGGAAAAUCUGGUCAAUGCCUUUGAUGUUGGCUUCGAUAAGACAAGGAUAGGACUGGCACAGUACAGCGGGGAUCCCAGGAUAGAGUGGCAUCUAAAUACUUUCACCACUAAAGAUGCAGUCAUUGAUGCCGUCAAAAACCUGCCUUAUAAAGGAGGAAACACUCUCACAGGCCUUGCCUUGACUUAUAUCUUAGAGAAUUGUUUCAAGCCUGAAUCUGGCUCAAGGAUCGGUAUACCCAAGAUUGGGAUCCUCAUCACAGAUGGAAAGUCCCAAGAUGAUGUUAUACCACCCGCAGAGAGUUUGCGAAAUGCUGGCGUUGAGCUCUUUGCUAUUGGUGUAAAGAAUGCUGAUGAGAACGAGUUGCACUUCAUUGCCUCAGAGCCGGACGAGACUCAUGUUUACAAUGUGGCUGACUUCAACAUCAUGAGCUCUAUAGUAGAGGGACUGACAAAGACCGUGUGUGAACAAGUGGAGCAGCAGGACAAAGACAUCAAGCUGAAACAUGUACCAGAGAAAACAGGAAUGCCGCUUGACCUGCAGACAUCAGAGGUCACCGCCCGGAGUUUUCGGGUGUCGUGGAGCCACGCCCCAGGAAACGUAGAAAAAUACCGAGUGGUUUAUCAUCCUGCUCAGGGAGGAGAACCGCAGGAGGCUGUGGUGGUCGGCAGCGAGUCCUCGGUGGUGCUGCAGCAUCUCAACUCGCUCACCGAGUACCAGCUGGCGGUGUUUGCUGUGUACGCAAACGAAGCGAGUGAAGCUCUAAGAGGAUCUGAAACAACUCUGGCUCUUCCCACAGUCACCAGCCUCCAGCUGUUUGAUGUGACUCACAGCACCAUGAAAGCAAGAUGGGACAGUGUGGACGGAGUUUCUGGCUACAUGCUGCUGUACGCGCCUCUGACAGAUGAUGGAGACCUGGAAGAGAAAGAGGUCAAAGUGUCAGAUGCAGUGACGGAGCUGGAGCUGGAUGGGUUGAGUCCUCACACUGAAUACACUGUCACUGUUUAUGCCAUGUAUGGAGAGGAGGCCAGUGACCCCAUAACAAACCAGGAAACCACGUUACUACUGAGUCCUCCCAGCAACCUCCAGUUCUCCGACAUCACUCACAACUCGGCCCACAUCAGCUGGGACCCGGCACCCGGUGGAGUCAAAGGUUACCGCAUCAUGUGGGUCAAGACUGAUGGAGUCGUCACAGAGGAGGUGGACGUGGGUCCAGCGACGUCUUAUGACCUCAGUGAGUUGACGUCCCUGAUGGAGUAUUCAGUGGCCAUCUUUGCCAUUUACAGUGAGGGCCAAUCGGAGCCGCUCACCGAUGGAUUCACCACCACUCCAGUUCCUGGUCCUCUGAAUCUCCGCUCUACUGAUGUCAACACCGACAGCUUUAAAGUCACUUGGGAUCACUCGGCCAACGACAUCGUCCUCUACAGACUCUCCUGGGCCCCGUUCACAGGCGGCGACACCAAAGAGGUGGUCCUGAGUGGAAGUGACAACAGAUACAUGCUGACUGGUCUCAGUCCUUCUACUGAGUAUGAAGUUAUGCUAACGGCGAUAUUUAAAGAUGAAUCCGAGAGCGAAACUGUGUCCGUCAUAGAGACCACAUUGGGCAGGACAACAACAACUGCUACAACCACCACAGUGGCCCGCCAGGCUGUGAGGAACCUUCGGCUGACUGAUGAGACCACACAGAGCUUAGAGGCUUCCUGGGAGCUGGAAGACUCCAAUGUGGAGCAAUACAGGGUCUCCUACGUCAGUGUCAAUGGUCAACAUGGGGAGGAGAAUGAGUUGGUUCCUGGCAGUCAGAGGAGAGCGUUGCUGGAGCCUUUAUUAGCAGGCACCCAGUACAAAGUGAUAGUCACACCGGUGUACAGCGAUGGACAAGACGGCAUCAGCAUCUCUGCUUUGGGUUCCACAUUGCCGCUCUUGUCUCCUGAAAAUGUUCGUGUGUCAGAAGAGUGGUACAGCCGCUUCAGGGUCACCUGGGAUCCACCUCAGUCUCCGGUACAGGGCUACAGGAUCGUCUACCAGCCUGUCUACGUGCAAGGUCCAGCUUUGGAGCAAACGGUGGGCGAAGAGGUGAACUCUGUGCUCCUCCUCAAUCUGCUAAGUGGGACAGCGUACAGCGUCCAGGUGACAGCUUCCUACCCAGCAGGACAAAGUGAACCGCUGCUAGUGAAUGCCAAGACAUUGUUCCUUGGCGUGUCUGGCUUGUCAACCUACCAGCUGCGACCCAACAGCAUGUGCGUUCAGUGGCAGCCUCUUCUUCGUGCUACUUUAUACAGAGUCUCCAUACAAUCCACACUCAAUGAUCAGAAGCAGGAAGUUAGCCUUGGAGGCGGGGCUUCCCGGCAGUGUUUCUAUGACCUCACUCCCAGCAGCCAAUACCAGAUCAGCAUUCACGCACAAAUACAGGAAAUGGAAGGACCGUCUGUCUCCAUCACGGAAAUGACACUGCCGGCGCCCACUCAGGCUCCGACCGAACCUCCCACCACAGAGCCUCCUCCCACCAUCCCACCUGCUAAAGAAGUGUGUAAAGAAGCCAAAGCUGAUCUGGUGUUCCUGGUCGACGGCUCGUGGUCCAUCGGUGAUGACAACUUCAUGAAGAUCACACGUUUUCUCUACAGCACCAUGGGAUCGCUGGAUCUGAUCGGACCAGAUGGAACGCAGGUGGCCAUUGCUCAGUUCAGCGACGACGCUCGGACAGAAUUCCAGCUGAGUUCCCAUGGCAACAAGGAGGCGCUGCUGGAAGCCAUUCAGAGGAUCAGAUACAAGGGAGGAAACACCAAGACAGGUCGAGCCAUCAAGCAUGUGAAGGAAUCGAUUUUCACCUCAGAGGCCGGAGCCAGAAGAGGAGUUCCUAAAGUCCUGGUUGUUCUCACUGACGGACGGUCGCAAGAUGAUGUCAACAAAGUGUCCAAGGAGAUGCAGAUGGAAGGCUACAUCAUCUUUGCGAUCGGCUUUGCGGACGCAGACUACGGCGAGCUGGUGAACAUCGCUAGCAAACCCAGCGAGAGACAUGUCUUCUUUGUGGAUGAUCUGGACGCCGUGAAGAAAAUAGAAGAGCAGCUCAUUACGUUUGUGUGCGAGGCUGCCACUGCCACUUGUCCUUCUGUUUUGAUGAGCGGGAACACGAUGGCAGGUUUCCGUAUGAUGGAGAAGUUCGGCCUGGUGGAGAAGGAGUACAGCACCAUACCUGGAGUUUCCCUGGAGCCCGGUUCAUUCAACAGCUUCCCUUGUUACCGGUUACACCGGGACGCCCUGGUGUCACAGCCCACCAAGUACCUGCACCCUGAAGGGUUACCCUCCGACUACACCAUUUCUAUGAUGCUCCGCCUGCUUCCUGAGACCCCACAGGAGCCCUUUGCCUUGUGGGAAAUCCUCAACAAGGACAACGAGCCAUUGGUGGGACUAAUCCUCGACAACUCUGGAAAGACGUUGACAUUCUUCAACUAUGACUACAAAGGAGACUUCCAGACCGUCACCUUUGAAGGAACAGAAAUAAAAAAGAUCUUCCAUGGCAGCUUCCAUAAGCUCCAUGUGACCAUCAGCAAGACGUCGGUGAAGGUGGUGUUGGAUUGUUCCAUUGUUGGAGAGAAACCCGUCAGUGCAGCCGGUAACAUCACCACGGAUGGAGAGGAGGUCCUGGGAAGGAUGGUUCGGUCCAGAGGCAGACGAGACAGCUCUGCUCCAUUCCAGCUCCAGAUGUUUGACAUCAUCUGCAGUACCUCCUGGGCCAGCAGAGAUAAGUGCUGUGAGCUGCCAGCACUGAGAGUUGAGGAGCAGUGUCCCUCCAUGCCUCACGCCUGCACCUGCUCCCAGGACAGCAAAGGACCUCCAGGACCCUCCGGACCCCCGGGCGGUCCGGGCAUAAGAGGAGCCAGAGGAGACCGAGGAGAGCAAGGAAUAACGGGACCUCAAGGGCCUGUGGGAGAAGCUGGUCCUGCUGGGCCUGCAGGACCACCUGGGCCUCAGGGACCCAGUGGACUCUCUAUUCAGGGACCCCCGGGUGCUGCUGGGGAGAAGGGAGAGCGAGGAGAGAUCGGUCCCGCCGGACCAAUGGGUGUUCCUGGAGGUCCUGGAUCACCUGGUAGAGAUGGUCCCCCAGGAUCGAGGGGCCUGCCGGGUAAUAACGGACCACAGGGACAACAAGGGCCCCCUGGGCCUGUUGGAACCCCGGGAGCACCAGGAGCCCCAGGACCAGGUGGGCCGUCAGGAUCCCAAGGAGAACAAGGACUCCCUGGUCCUGCUGGCACCAAAGGCGAUAAGGGAGAAAGAGGGGAUAUUCAGUCCCAAGCUGCAGUUCGAGCCAUCGCACGGCAAGUGUGUGAGCAGCUCAUCCAGAGCCACUUGUCUCGCUAUAACUCCAUCCUGAACCAGAUCCCCGUCCAGUCGGCGGUGUCGGUCCGAACAGUACCAGGACCUCCGGGAGAGCCGGGGAGGAGAGGCCUCCCGGGACCUCAGGGAGAGCAAGGUCCACCGGGCCGGCCAGGCUUCCCCGGCACGAACGGACAGAACGGCAGACCAGGCGAGAGAGGUUUGCCAGGAGAGAAGGGAGAUAGAGGAAGUCCAGGGGUUGGAAAUCAGGGACCUCGUGGACCACCUGGACCUCCUGGUUUACCGGGUGAAGGACGGACGGGCAGCCAGGGCCCACCUGGUCGGCCCGGUAACCCAGGGUCGGCGGGGCGGCCGGGGAAUCCAGGCAGCACCGGACCAGCCGGACCACCAGGAUACUGUGACCAGAACUCCUGCCUGGGAUACAACGUGGGAGGACUAUGGGAAUGAGUACUGAGGAGCCUUCUGCAACCAUCUUCCUCCUCCUCCUCCUCCUCCUCUUGUGCUCACCUCCCUCUGUGCCCUGUUAGAAAAAAAGAAAUCAUUCCCUCAAGGCUGCCAUACUUCCUGGGAUGGAUAAGCACUCCUGACACUCUUUAACCUCUAAUCCCUGCAGCAGCGGCUUUGAAAUUUUUGGUUCUCUGGCGACUUUUUUUUCUUCAUUUUUACAGGAAAUUAUCUUUUUUUUUUUUUUUUUAAAGGUGCUGCACUUUAAAAGAAAGGUUCUUAAUAGCAAUUUUAGGCAACUUUGCGCCCUCGUUUGGGUUUUUAAAUCCAUUAUUCACACCAGAUUUUCAGUCUUUUUGCAUUUAAUUCCCUUUAAUUCCUCACUAACAAUAGAAACUGGAGAAUGUAAAUUUCUUGAUUAGAGCAGGUUCGUUAAACUUUCCUCGUUAGACUGUCUCAAGGACAAAAAUGGAUUAGUUUACCUUCCCACAAGACCACAAAAAACCCCACAAUGCCGCCCCGACAGUCGCCACCGCUGAUCGCUCUGCCAUCUGUCAACAAACAGCCGAGCUCACAAUGCUUUGCCGCAGAAGCUUCGGCCUGUUUCCACCUCAAAUCCCAUCAAAGCUAAUCUCAUCUUUCAAAGCCACAUGAAUCAGCUAAACAGUGAUGAAUUGCUCCGAUGCCGAUUGGCUGCUUUCAUUACCGAACGCCCCGCGCCUCCCACUCUGUAAGAUGAGCAGAAAAUCUCAAUUUUUACCCCUAAUGUAAUGUGAUCUUUUUCAUUUCUGGAAAAAACGAUCACAUGUGGGCAAACUCGGGGUUCAAAUUAGAUUUAAUUUUUUUUUCCCCCUUCAGUUUCAUUAAACCACUUUCUCAUUAACCAAAUCUGUGGGACUCUGUCUUGGGUCUCAAAUGUGCUUGUGCAGUCCCAGAGAGCUCAUUUCGGCAUGAAGGAGAUGAGAGAUAACAGUUUAAAAUCAUUUAAAGCUGCUGUAGACCUGCAUCUCAAACUGUGCAUGCCUUCAUUCCUGCUGUGCUUGUGUCCAAACGGCCUGGUCUUCCCCCCACCUGUAGAGGAGGGCUUUUUUUUAAAUUUUUUAUCUGCAACGACUGACCCUAAAUAUUCCCACCACCCCAGUCCAACCCCUGCCUCACCCCGGCGGCUACCAGCCCUACAGCCCUCCCUACAACAACCAGCUGUACAACCCUGCUGCAGAGGCUUACAACGACCAAGGAGGGGAUGAGGAGGAGGAGGAUGACGAAGAGGACCCCUAUUACCGCGGUUACCCCCAUCCGUACUACCCCCAGCAGCCUCCUCACAGUCGCCACGGAUACCGCUCAAGCCCCACCCACUCCGAGGACGUUGAGCUGAGGUCGCCGGGCGUCGCCAGGAGGUUCUCACGCGAUGUCGUCGUCACAGAGGAGAUUUAAGAGGAAGGACGGACUCACCUGAAGUGCUUGAGCCCACAACACACACAGAUACUGACACACACGUCAUCUGAAACUGUGGCGAGAACCAAACCCUCCCACCAGGUGAAACUCUGUAAAUAGCUCCGUGGACUCGUGAGGGAGGUCCGAAAAGUGCCUGAUCUAUGUUAGCAUCGUCCAGUGGUAAUGUAAAGCUAAAGACCUGUUCCUUCCCCCCACACACACAUCUCACAAGCUGAUUUCAGGACUUAAAAAAAAAACAAAAACAAGAAACCUUCUUUUUGUGUGAAGCUGCAUGUUUCCUUUUCGAGCCGAACACUGAAGUGUGUAACCGGACACGUGCAUCUUGUUUUGGUUGUAACUAGAUCCAUUAUUUUACAGUUCAAAAUCAUCCAGGACGACGAGCUGGCAACAUUUGUACAGGCUGCGUUUUCUAAUGAUGAAUUCUGACUCCCACCUCUUCCAUGCUGUCUUUAUUUCAGUUUGUAAAAGGAGUAUUGAAAAGUGAUUUCUCCGUACAGUAUUGUGUUACGUCUUUCAGUUAAUUCCCCCUAACACAUAGCCUAGCCGCGCUAGACAGCCCACGGCAACGAAUUUAAUUCUCUGCCAGGGUGGGUCUAGUUACCCUCAGUAAGCCUUGAGGUUGGAUGCUCCUAAAACUGGCCAACGAAUCACCAUGAAGUGUAGAGUCAGAAGGCGGGCGUAACUAAGUGACGACAGAGGCGUGACGAUUCUGACAGAAACAACCGGAAACAACUAGCCUAACUGCGCUAGACAACCCAUGGCAACGAAUUUAAUUCUCUGCCAGGGUCGACAACAAAAACGACAACAGUCGUUGAGCUCCAUUAGCACCGACUCUGAAUAAUCUUUCUGUUAACAUGUCUGUAAUAUACUUGAGCUUCACCAAACUACCGCAUCCUCUGAUUUCUGGCGCUCUCGGAACUCCGUCAGCCUAUUCGUUGCGCUGAUUGGUUGUAUACCUACCCAAUUGCUGCAGAGUGAUUUGAAAGACAACCUUUUAGCCCACCUCCCUCCCUGUCGAGAGUUCCUAGACCCUUGUGUCUUCAGAUCUAGGUCUAGCGCGGCUAGGCUACCAAACACAAACAAGAUGCGUCAAACUUGUGUUAAUAUUUCCCCAACACUGUGUGACACGUCUUUUUUUUUUUUACCGAUCAUUCCAUUCUGUCCUGUGUGGUCACAAAGACUUACGAGGUCCGUGGUGAAUUUUAAAAAACAAAUCUGUGUUUGUUUUGUGUUGCCGCCCUAGUUUGUUUUCAUUUUUCUUAUGCAAAUUCGGGCCCGCUCACUGUGGAAGCUGUAUUUGCUCACUGGUUGAACUCUGACCUCUUGCUGGAAUGAGACCUGAAGCCGGUUAUUAUUAAAAACAGUCUGCUGCCUCUCUGUGAAAUCAAUAAGGACUGAAGUGUAAACUGUCCCCCUCCCGCCUGCCUGCACUGCAGUCUGAAAAAAACAAGCACUAAAAAGUUUAGCCGUGAGCUGGCCCUGGUCUAGAUUUAAACUGUCGAACGUGAGCAGCUUUAAUAAGGAAUGUGUCUCACUACCACACCCCUUAGGACAAUAUGAACUUAUUUAUUUUCUAUUUUGUUUGCUUUUAUAACCAAUAAAUCUGUAAUGAGACUACAAAA